AUGAAUAUUUUAAAUCAAAAAUAAGUACAAGAAACUUAAGAAACAACAUGCAAAAUUCAUAAUCUAGAAUUCAUAGCAGUCAAUUUGGAUUUAUCAGACAAGGCACAAAUUUAAUUCUUUUGUGGUAAAUGCUUAGCGGAGAAAUUAAAUAACAAUAAAGUGGCCACUAUAGAGCAAUCAAAAGAGACAAUCUAAAAAGUUAAAAUUUAGUAAAAAGAUGUUAAAACAAAAGAGAAUCAAGCAAGACUCACUUAUUAUAAAAAUAUAUUAGAUCAAAUCAUGGAUUUCAAAAGAUUUGUAGAUGAUUCAUUAGAUAAAAUGUAUCGAUAGAUUUAAUAAUACAUAUUUCCAAUAUAAAAAGAAAAAUAGGAAUUAAUAGAAUAUGAAUAAUAAUUAAAUUAUUUUGAAGAUUUAAAAUAAUUAUCAGAAUUAUAUUCCUAAGAUGAAUAAAAAUCAACUAAAUUAUAAGAAGACAAUAAUUUUAUCGAUGAAAUUUCAAGACAAUUUGAACUAUUGUUCAACUGUUCUGAGUACUUUUAGACUUUAGAUACUUUUAAGAAUACAAAAGAAACUAUAAAAGAUAUUAUGUAAAAUAAUGUUAUUGAAUUAUUUCCCUUUGUGAAUAUCAAAAAAAAUGAUCCGGUAUUUUCAAUUAAUUAUUAAUAGAAAACACCUAGUUUAAAUAGAAUUUGUAUUAAUCAUAAAAAGGAAAUUAUUAUGAUUGAUAUGGAUUCUUAGAAUAAGAAGAUAGAAGAUAGAUUUGUAUGUGUUGAUUGUAUUUCUUAGAAUCCUUAAAUUAAAUAUUAGACAAUUGAAGAUAUAGAUAAAGAAUGGAAGGAAUAUAACACAUAAACUGAUAAGCUACUAAAGGAGUAUAAAAAAGAAAGUAGAGACAAGAAAUCUGAAUUAUUUAACUAAAUAGCACAAAUGAGAAAGAAUUAUAAUAAGAAAUUGAAUGAAAUUAGUGAUAAAUUGAUUGAAGAAUCAUUCUUAUGUACUGAUAAUGUUAACUAAUCAAAUUAAAUAAAGACAAUAUCAAUAUAAACAUUAAGCGAUGAAUAAUUAUUAAAGGAUUUAAAGUAAUUAAUUGAAAAAGAAAAAGAAAAAGUUUCAUAAAGUUAAAUAAUAACAACUUUAAAAAAUAAAGACUCUAUAUUUAAAAAGGAAAUAGAAUCUCAAUUAGAAUCUUUAUAAUAAUAUGAUUAAUAAGAUAUUUAAUAGUCAUUGGACAUUCUCAAGGAUAUUUCAAGUAUCAAUUUAUUUAUUUGGUUGUAGUGGAAAAAAAUUUAAUUUGUUAAUUAACUGAUAUGAUCUAAAAAAUCUAAAAAUGCGGACAAAAGGAUGAAAACUAUAAAAAUCAAAUUAAUUUUAUCAAAGAAAUUUAAGAAUUAAUAGAUUAAGCUAAAAAAUAUCAGUGUCAAUUGCAUCUAUUUGAUUAGGCUAUUACUGUUUAUCAAUAGCAUAUUUAAAAGAUAGAUUACAUUUAAGAAAACAUAUAGAUUAAAUCCAAAGACUAAGCAGUUAAAUCUGAAUAAUUGAAGUCCUAAUACUCUAAAUUAUCAAAUAUUUUGAAUGAAUACAAGAAGAUAUUUGAUAAAAAUAGUACAGAGUUUAAAAAGUUUUGUAACAUUUAGUAAAUGGAAUUGGAAAUAUUAAAUUAAACAGAAACUAAUAAAAAUUUAGAAAUUUAAAGUAAUUCAAUAUAAUUUAAAUAGAAAAUAAUUAAAUCAAUUCUAUGGAAGAAUCAUUUAAGUAAAAAUUCAAUGAUUUAAAUGAAAGGUUAUAGCUGAAAUUUUUUUUAAGUCUUACAAUUUUUAAUUGGUGUAGAAAAAAAUUUUUUAAUUUUAAAUUUUAGCCCCUGUUUACUCCAAAAGUGUAAAACUUUCUUUCAUUAAAAUGGAAGCCAAAAUAACAGAGAACCCUCUUCCAAUGUAUUUGAUGUUUGAACUUUGAUCACUACAGAUCGAGAAGGUGGUCCAAGGAGGUCAUUUAAUCUUUUUUUUCUUGGUGAUAGACAUAAUAGAAUCUCAAACUAUUAGAGACUAGAGUUAGACAAUAGAACAUGGCUAAAAUAUAAAUAUCUUGCUUGCGCCAUAUGCAACAAUACAGCACAAGUUAAGAUUAAGUAAAGAAAUUAUAA